AUGGACAAAGAAAAUAUAUCAGCCUUGCCUAAAAAAUUAUUACUCAAGAAAAUUCAAGAAGUUGCAGUAAGCGAGAAUAAUAGAAUUCCACUAAAAACCAUUAAUAGCUUAUCAGGUUCGCCAGCUCGAUCUAGCACGGAACACGGUGAAGCAGUAUCAAAUAAGACUAGAAGUACAUAUGAAAUUGACUUAAAAUACGUUACUUUUAGACAAAGAAACGAAGACUUGGACUGGGACUAUAAAGUUAUUAAAGACGAAGCAAACAAUAAAGACUGUAGUAUAAUUUCUAUAAGUGACGAGGAAGAAAGUUUCAUUGAGAGUGACAAGAAAGAAUACAAUAAUUUUAAUGAAAAUAAACAGAAAAAUGGACUUGGUGAAACUAGUAGGGCGGCUACUCCAUUACAUAAAUCACCUCUUGAAUCGAAUAGGGUGAGGGAUAUAAAAAAAAAAUUUGAAAACACCGCACCGUAG